CAUGGCUGCUUCUGGGUCGAAGAACAACCCCAAGCGGACCAUCGCCGCCGACCCCCAAAUCUCCAACCCGAACCCCGACCCAUCCACCUCCGCCAUCACUCCUUCCCAGGAAGACGUGUACCUCUCACGCGCCUCCCACCUGACGCGGCAAGAGCUCCUCCGCCGCCGCGCCCACCACCUGAAGCAGCUGACGAAAUGCUACAAGGAGCACUACUGGGGGCUGAUGGAGCACCUGAAGAUCCAGUACAGGGAGUACUACUGGAAGUACGGUGUCAGCCCCUUGAAAGAAGAAAACAAUGGAGUUGCUGCGGUUGAGGGCGGUGAUGACAACCACAGUAACCAUCUCCGGUGCGCUUCGGUCGGCUGUAAAUUGAAGGCCAUGGCUCUAACCAGCUUUUGCCACCUCCACAUUCUUUCCGACUCGAAGCAGAGGCUCUACAAGGCUUGCAGUUAUGUCAUCAAGAGUGCUCAGGCAGGACCUAUAACAUGCGGGAAGCCAAUACUGAGAUCCACUUCUCCUUCUCUUUGUACUGUGCACUUCCAAAAGGCUCAAAAGCAUGUGACCAGAUCAUUGCGGAAGGCAGGGCUUAAUGUUACCUCAUCAAGUAAGCUUGCUCCCAAGUUCCAUGUGAUAGUGGCAGAAUAUGUACGCCAAAUUCAAUCUAAACGAAGAGCUGCAAAAAAGGAAAAUAAAAAUAAAAUUGCAAUAAAGGAAGAAACCGCUGAUUGACUGCCAGCUUCUUUCUCCACAAACUGGAUGAUGUUGACCUGCUAGUUGUGUAAAUGAAGCAAAACUAGAGGUUUGAUUCUUUUCUGUCUUUGGUUUUGAAGCAUCAGAUUUUGAGAAGAGAGGUGCAUGCUUUGGUUGCUUCCGGAAUUGUAUGGGGUGACAUGGGUAUAAGAACUUUUGCUUUUGAUUUUGAUUAAAUUUUCUCUGAAUCGAGUAUUGGAGUUUGUCUGUAGAGGAGAUGAUGUUCUUAGAGUUUAUUAAAUAUCAAUGGUUUUACUUCAUUGUCAGAAUGGUACUUUCAACCUUAGAUGUCGUUGUCUAUCUAAUUUUACCUUAUGGUGCA